AUGAUUUCAUCUUUGUUAUGGCUGGGAAUUCUGGUUGUUGUCAAAGCUGUAGGAUAUGAUAAUCCGGCUUUGACGGGUGGUUCACUUCUAACCAAUGUCCUUCAUACCAUCCCCCUAGGAGAAAGAGAACCUAUCAAUAUUAUCAUUUCAAAUGAAUCAUCUCCCAGGGUCUUAAAAGAAAGUAUGAACGAUGGAGGGAUGUAUAAUUUUCUCAUGAGUGUCAAUUAUGGACCAGAAUGUCUUGGACUUCAUAUGGGGGAUGUACAAACUGCAGAUCUUGGAGAUGGUCAAGGAAAUCAAACUCAGAAAGCUAUUUUAAGAUAUAUGUACUUUGGGGACCCAUAUCUGGGAACAUGCCUCGAGACUAUUUUCGGUGGAACUCACAUUCGGGUUUUCAAACAGGAAACGAGUGGAGCUUGGUUUCUGAGUGCUUCAAUGGAGCAAGACAUGUAUUACAAUCACAAUAUUGCCAUCAACGGGUAUGAUAUUGGACGGGAUGAGGUUUCUGGGAAUGCUACAGGUACAUCUAUUGAUCCAUCAUACUUGUCAAACGGAAGGUCAAUCAGUGGUGUGAUGCGAUACGGUGGUUGGUCUUACAAUACAACGGUGGAAUACGUAUCUGGGUUGUUCAGUUUGAACCGUACAAAGAUCAAUCAUUAUCCCGAAGUACAACUCGUAGGACAAAACGUCACGGAUGGAUUUACUGCUGUGUGGACUGUCAAGGUAUUGGAAGACUGA